CACACGUCAUCCUGUUCAGAAACGAUGAAUUUAUGUUCUCAUAUCAAGCAGUGUUUUCACUGUAUUCACCAGGAUAUAAGCCGUACAAACUCGUAGGAUGAAAGAAUUAAUACUCUCCAAUGCUUUAUUCACAUGUGUUUUACUUUUGAGUGUUUGGUGUGAACUUUCUAUCUCUGAGAGUCAUCUAGAAGAGGUAGCAAGCAACACAGGAAAACAUACUGUGGAUACAGAAAAUAUUGCCACUGCUAAUGGCCAGGACCAGGGUAGCGAUGUAGCAGUAGAAGAGGAGGGUACUCCACAGGAGAAUGACCCUCCAGACAAAAAUCAAAAUAGCAACAAUCACCUUAACGAUGCAAGCCAUGGUGACCAUGACAAUCCCAGUGACAAACUACAAUCUCAAACAGAUCUUCAUGAAAAUAAAGAAGUUGAGGGUCGUGAUAUGGAUAUUUCAGUUGAGGCUGUGACCCCUCCCCCAGAGUCUGACAUAACUCACCCACCACCCCAGCCUGUUCCAACCCCACAAACAUCUUCAGGCACUGAACCACAGGAAGAGUUGUUAGAAACAACAAAUAUUGCAUCUGAAAACCAGGAUAAAUCUAUUGCUAAAAUUUCUGUACCUGAAGAGCAUGAAGAUGUCAAAUCUAUAGAUUGCAGCACUAAUAUUGUAAUCGAUAAAUCCCAAUCAGAAACUACAUCAGAUAAUCAAGAAGACAACAAGCCUCAAGUUGCUGAAGAUGCACCUGUUACCACUGAGGCAAAGGAUCCUUUGCUUAGUGAGACAGUGCCUGGUACUGAUAAAGAUACCAAUGAACAGCUAGUAGCUAAUGGAGAUAAAGAGGUUCCUGUUGAAGUUGUUGCAGCAGAGAGUGAAGAUGAUGGAGUUGAUACUGAUACACCUAAAGACUUCAAGACUGAGCCUCCAAGUGGUAAAAUUGAUCAAGCUGCAAAAUCCAAGGAGGAUGAUGAAGUAGAGGAAGAUAUAAAUGUGCCCAUAAAUGCUAACAUGAUGUCGUUUGAGGAUUGGAAACAUCAUAAAUCCUUGUCUGAGCAGCUAGAUGAAAAAUCAAAGGAGGAGAAUACACAAGUUAAAGAUGGUAGUAAGUCUAACAAGAAACGUCAGAAUCAGGCAUCAGCCCAAUGUGGUGCCAAAGUUGUGGCUUGGAAUCCAGAGGCAGACAACCCCCAUAACAUCCUCAGUGAAAACAGAGAUCUCUAUAUGAUUAACCCCUGCAAAGCUAAGAAAUGGGUUGUCAUAGAGCUAUGUGAACCAGUACAGAUUGAUCAGAUAGAGCUAGCUAACUUUGAGCUGUUCUCCUCAACUCCUGAUAUGUUAAACAUCACUGUUAGUGACAGAUAUCCAGCAAAGGAAUGGAAGAAAAUUGGAGUGGUCCAUGCUAAAGAUGAGCGUGCUAUUCAGGCAUUUCACUUCAAUCGUAGCUCAAGUCGAGUGUUCAUGAUGUAUGCAAAGUUUGUGAAGAUAGAGAUGUUGACUUACUAUAGCAAUGAACAUUUCUGUCCCAUGAGCAUAGUCAGGGUGUUUGGCACAGCAAUGAGUGAUGAUGACUUUGACGAUGAUGCUGUUGCGGUUGCCAGUGAUGACACAGCUGUUAAUAAGGAACCAGAGAAUAACAUCAUCCAACAAGCUUUUGAUAAAGUUACAGAUAUUGUCAAUAGCUUUGUGAAAGGAUCUGCUGAAAACAAUGGGUCUGUUGGUGCAAAAUCAAAUGAAAAUGGCCUUCAGAAUGUUAGUGGUCAACAAAAUAGCUCUGUAGGCGAAUACAUGCUGCCCUGUGUCCCUGGAGUAGAAUCUGGAGACCCCAUAGAUGUCAACAAUGAAUCUGUUACUAAGGGUGACGCCUCUCAGACAUUGCCUCAAACACCAACACUUGGUACUGAGUCAGCUGACUCGAAAGGUGAAAUCCCAGAGAAUAUGCUAAUCAGAAAAUUGGAACCCCAUGAGCAAGUUUCUGAUAUGUUGUCUCCAAAAACCCCUCAUCCCUAUCCCCCUAUGUAUUCCAAUCAACCCAAAUCACAUACAUGUGACUUCUGUCAACUCCAGUCAGGAUCCACUGACUCUUGUACAAUAUCGAGAAACUGUUUCCUGGGCUUUAUUCAAAAUGCUGCUAAUAAGUGUACGCAUCAAAGAUUUUGUGAGCCACCAUCCAUUAAACAUCAUAAUAGUGCUGAUAUUAAAAAGACUACACAAACUUAUGAACCCAUACUUAUUGAAUCUGUUGGAAUCAUUGAAGUCAUCGAUGUUCCUGUUAAAGAGGAGGUAGAGGUUGAAAGGGAAAAUGGUGCUAAGAUUGAGGGAGAAAUUAUAAAAAAUACAGGCGUUGAAGAUAUCCCAGAAUCCUCUGAGGUAACAGGAAGUAAAGCAGAUGUCCCAGCAGGCACUGGGUCUUCCGAUUCUGUGAUAUAUAUUCAGCCAACUGCUACAAUAUCUGCCUCAGAUAUAAGUAUAACAGAAACAAUUGAAUCUAGUCAAAUGGAAAAUAGACCGACAACAGAACAGCAAACCACUGAGCACAUCCAACAUACAGCUGUACCAAAAGAAACAACCAUGCCUAAAGGUCCAGAAAUCACAGAAUCCAAUACAGAUGCUGAAAGUAAUGAAAAAAACAGUCCUGAAGCAGGGCAAGCUUUAGAGCAACAGGGGAGUGAACACUCUGUUGGUAAAAUAGUGCAGAAAGUUGUUGAUGCUAUAGAGGUAGUGGAUGAAGGGGAGGAUGAGGGUUCACAACAGGAGCAACAGCAACAGGUUGAUGAGCCUAUACAGAAGAAGAAGGAGAGUGCCAUGAUGAGAUUACAUAAUAAAGUGAAGGAGCUAGAACGCAAUAUGAGCAUUAGUGAACA